UGUUGAUGCUGCUUGCCCAAAUCUCGUAGAGAACAAGAACAAGGUGAGGAGGAGGAAGAGCUCGCAGGUGAGCUGGUUGAGGGCGGGAAUGAAUGCAGAGGCACUUGGGCCCAUCCUUCUUAAGGUCCACACACAUGCACACACCAAUUCAUGUCCAUUCCAACACACUCCCGCCAAUCACUGCUGGGCACUGACUCACACACACCUGAUGCAGCCGUCAUCGGGCCAAACCUGCAGCAAAGAAGAAGUGACUUUUGGGCUUGAGAUCACUUGGCAUUGCUCCAAGUCGAGGAAAUCAGUCAGAGAGACUUAAGAAAAAUCAUGGCGUUUUUAAGAAGAUGUUGUUGUUGCGUGAAUCUGAGGGUUGGUGGCAUCAUGAUGGGGGUGAUGACACUCAUCCUGUCCAUCUCAUCUCUGGUGCCCAUGACCCUCCUACUCAUCUAUCGGCUGUUCUUUGCCCGUGUGAUAACGCACCUGGUCCAAGAAGUGUCACAAAGUGACGACGAUUCGGCCACGGAUCGAAGCUUUCGAUUCUGGGAAAUCAUCAAAGAGGCGUCCAACGGAAAGGAUGAGAACUUUCCACCGGAGGACAACCAACAAGUCCAAUGGUUGGCUAUGGCUAUGUUGAUUUUCUUCAUCGCAUCUCUGAUCGUCUUGAUCAUUUAUGCUAUCUGCAGUGGCCUUUUAAUCUACGGUGUUUACAAGGCUAAGAAAUGGUUUCUACUGCCUUGGAUCGUGUGCACCAUUGCUCUACUUGUGGCCUAUUUCAUUGGCAUGUGCAUGUCACUCUAUUUGGUCGGGAUUCAAGUCAUAUCCGUAUUACUGUUCUUCAUUGCUUUGAUCGAAAUCGCGAUUGCCGUCUACCUUUGGCUGUGCAUGGUGAGCUUGUUCCAAAUCCUGGGAUCUCCCAAUUGGCAAAAUCGACAAGAUUGGGAAUUGAAACCUCGUUUCUCGAAUGGCUACGACGGUGUGUCCACCAACGAAGAUUAACAAGCCUACGUAGUGGAUUUUAAGCUACUUUGCCUCGUCAACGCCACUAUUUACAAGAAUAAUUCACCUUGACUCUCAACAACAUAACACGCAUUAUGUAUAACACUCAAAAGUAAUCAAGUGUUUUGUGCCAUAACUAUUAGAAAUAAAUUGCAAUAAUUUUUGUUGACCCUGAA